CUUUUUUUCACGCCAUACCUUUCUUUGUUUCACACUUGUGCUCGAUCACUCUUCAGCUCUUCAUCUCUCUCUCGCCUGAGACCACCUGAAAACUCGCAUCAUGAGAUCCCGGUCAUCAGUAUUUCUCAGAGCACUACUCUGUUUGCUCCUCUCUACGGUUCCUGAGCUUUGUGGAGUAUCAGCUUCAUAUAACACCACAAACGGAACGGCUUCAACCCCAGAACGCACCGAGAACGUGACUGACCGUGAAUCUCCAAAAACUUCAACUCCAAGUACCACCAGCUCCACCACUACAGCUCAAACAAGGACCACAAUCGAGAGCACGUCCUCAGGAGCUCAGGUCCCAGUGAAGACAACGGUGCAACCUACAACCAUCUCACCCCUGACUUCCAGUUACGGUGUCGGCGUGGCCUUGUGCCCGAUCCUCUUCAUCUGCUUCUUAAUCCUGUUCUUCUUCUGUGCUUAUAAAUGGUACAUUCGUAACGGACGUCCCUCCUUCACGGAAACUCGUAGAAGAUUAACAGAAUGUGUGAGGAACGCCUGGGUGGCGGCUGGUCUGCGACCGCCUUCCAAAGACGAGGAAGAGGAAGAGGAGGAUGAGGAGGAGGCAGGAAAAGAGGUGGAAGAAGAGAAAAAUCAAGGACAGUAUGCCGAAGACGUCGGAAGUGACAGCGAUUCUUCUGAUUACUCGAACAUGGAAGGUUUUACCGUGUCAAAAAAAACUGAAGGAAACGAAGGAGACGACGACUUGUCGUCGGUGGAGCUCAAGGACGAGAAGACGGAGAGAGAGAAGGACGACCUCACGGUGCUGUGAAAACACGAUCAGCAAAUUCGUUCCGUUCAACUGCUUAUAAAUUUACAUGAAUUUAUUCUAAAUCAUUUGCAUGUGUGUUUGCAAAUAUUUACAUUACAAAUAAACGAAUAUUUAGUGAA